AUGACAUCCCAUUAUCCACCUUUUUAUUGCGAGAGUUGUAGUCGAUAUCCUUAUGUCGGCAGAGUAUCCGUAGGAGAAGAGGGUAGUGUUGACUUCAUCUAUCAAUUUGCGAAGAAGAGAUUUGUUCCCAAGAACCAUGAGAAUAUUAGCAUAUAUCACACUGCUCCUGACAUAAUUGGACCACCCAAAUUUCAAAACUAUGGACAACUAUUUCAUUUACCAUUGUUUUUUGAAAAAUUGUUGAUAUACAAUGGAGAUGUCGAUAUUUCAAUAUCUCCAUGGCAAAACGAACAUGAAGAUGGGACUAAUUGUGUCGAGUUUCAUGAAGCUGUAUAUCCAAUCAGAGUCUGUAUUUACGAAAUACAUCAUCCUGGAAGCGUAAUUGAAAUUUCGGCUCAAGAUUCUAAUAAUAAGUGGUUUAAGUUGUGGGAUAAAUCGUCUCAUUUUGUACCGCCGACAUCAAGAUUAUUUUCUCCACCGUUAUCGUAUUCGUGUAACUUUAAAACCAAAAUGCUCAAACUAACAUUUAAAAACAGUUCACCUGUCUCUUACACAAAGCUAGAUGCUGUGAUGCUCAUCAAUUUAAAAAGUGCACACUUGGAUAUAGUUGAUCUGCAACAGAAUUUUCUCGAAUAUGGUAUUAUUCGUAAAAGAAAUUUAACGCACUUAAGAUUAAGUCAAUGUCGUUGCGAUGACAAUUUAAAUCUUGCUCUACUUAAAACUUCAGAGAUAUGCAAAAAUUUGAAAGAAUUGGAUCUAAGUUAUUGUCGACUCAUAGACGACAAAGGAUUUUCGUACCUCGAGAAUCUGGAAGGUUUGGAAUAUUUAAACCUUGUUCAAACACGUGUAAGAACUGAACGUCUUUGUAAAAUACUGCAAAAAAAUCAACGGAUCCGUGAGGUAGAUUGGACAUCAAAGCAUAUUAUAUUAGAAGCAGUUGCAAUGGAGUUGGGAAAUUCGUGUCGUGACUUGGAAGUAAUAAAGUUGAAAGCACAUCAUCUUACACCUCAGAGUAUUAGUGCUUUAGCUAACUGUAAGAAUUUACGAAAAGUGCACUUUGAUGGUCCGUAA